ACCGGGACCCGAAGAUAAAACCUCUAAAAACCAGGGUUUUAACAAGAUCAGUUUCCAGAGCAGUGCUGCCCACUGGCCUGCUGCUUUUCUUCACUCACAAUUCUCAACUUGUCAUCAUCAAAUCUCCGCUCUUUCUUCAACUCCCAAUCUCCAGAAAAUGAAUCAUCUCUCAUCACCUUCUACAAUCUAUCAGAACAACCCAAUCCCAUUUCCUAUUUAUCCAACAAAAAGGGCCAAACACAAAAAAUUAUUUAUCCAAUCCCACCCACCCCUUCGUCUCUUGAGACCAAAUUACAGACCUAGCCGACCCAUUUUUCGAAUUUACUCUUCUGCUGACCCAAAUGGCUCAGAGGACUCUCCUUGGCUACGCUUAUCGGAGUCGAUUCGGCGUGGGUCUGAGAGGUUUUUACAGAAAUUCGGCGAGUCAGUGAAGAAGGAAACUGGUUUUGAUGUGGAGGCUGUUAAUGCUGAGGUUUUCGGGUUUGUGGGUCGAGCCAAGGAGGUGGCAAACAAGGGCCAGACCGAGUUUGACUCGUUCAGGACUCGCGUGCUUCCUGAUUUUAUUGAAUGGAACAAACGGGACAGAUGGAAGGACAUCAAGAAUUGGGAAACUAGGAGAUUAGGUGCACUUGUACUUUAUGUUUUUGUUGUAGUUUUUUCAUGUCGAAGAGUUUACAUGGGGGUUCGAGCUCCAUUCCUUGCUCGGCAACAACAAGAAGUUACCGAGGCAUACAUGGAGGCCUUGAUUCCUGAACCCACUCCCACUAACAUUAGGAGGUACAAGAAAGGGUUAUGGCGGAAGACAACCCCAAAAGGCCUUAAAUUGAAGAAGUUCAUUGAAGAACCAGAUGGGACAAUUACCCGUGAUAGUUCCUAUGUUGGGGAAGAUGCAUGGGAGGAUGAUGAUGCUGAUACUUCAAAUAAUUAUGAAAAACAAACUACUAAAUAUGAUGGGGAGUUGAGUGCAGAAGGCGAGAAGUCUCUGCAAAGAGAUUUGGAGAUUUCAGAUCAGAAUCAGGAAAAUAAAAGUACAUGGCGUGAAAGGCUUCAAACAUGGAACGAAGUUCUCAGGAAGGAGAAGUUAUCUGAGCAAUUAGAUUCAUUGAAUGCGAAGUAUGUUGUUGAAUUUGACAUGAAAGAGGUUGAGAAUAGUCUUCGCAAAGACAUUGUUGAGAAGGCCCGAGAUGCGCAAGGAACAAGGGCUCUGUGGAUUUCUAAGCGCUGGUGGCGUUAUCGUCCAAAACUUCCCUACACCUAUUUUCUUCAGAAACUUGAUUGCUCUGAGGUCGAAGCUGUUGUCUUCACAGAGGACCUGAAACAGUUGUAUGUAACAAUGAAGGAGGGAUUUCCACUAGAAUAUAUUGUUAAUAUCCCACUUGAUCCACACUUGUUUGCGAAGAUAUCAAGUUCUGGAGUUGAUGUAGAUCUACUUCAGAGACGGCAGAGCCAUUACCUUCUUAAAGUUGCAAUUGCACUACUACCAGGAAUAUUGAUAUUGUGGUUUAUUAGGGAAGCUGUGAUGCUUCUCCAUAUCACUAAUAAAAGAUUUCUUUAUAAGAAGUACAAUCAACUUUUUGACAUGGCCUAUGCUGAGAAUUUUAUCUUGCCAGUUGGAGAAGCUGCUGAAACAAAGUCCAUGUAUAAAGAGGUAGUUUUAGGUGGUGAUGUCUGGGAUCUCCUGGAUGAGUUAAUGGUUUACAUGCAUAACCCAAUGCAGUAUUAUGAGAAGGAAGUAAAGUUUGUCCGGGGAGUACUUCUGUCAGGGCCUCCAGGAACAGGCAAAACACUAUUUGCACGAACACUUGCUAAAGAAAGCGGAAUGCCUUUUGUUUUUGCUUCUGGUGCUGAGUUCACAGAUAGUGAAAAAAGUGGUGCUGCACGAAUUAAUGAGAUGUUUUCUAUUGCGAGGAGAAAUGCUCCUGCUUUUGUAUUUGUUGAUGAAAUCGAUGCUAUUGCUGGGAGGCAUGCAAGAAAGGAUCCACGUAGGAGAGCAACAUUUGAAGCUUUGAUAGCACAGCUUGAAGGAGAGAAGGAGAAAACUGGUGUCGAUCGCUUUUCACUGAGGCAAUCCGUGAUAUUUAUCUGUGCUACUAAUAGGCCUGAUGAACUGGAUCUUGAUUUUGUUCGACCUGGAAUUAUUGAUCGUCGUCUGUAUAUAGGCUUACCUGAUGCUAGACAACGGGUCCAAAUUUUUGGUGUCCACAGUAGAGGAAAGCAGCUUGCCGAAGACGUCAACUUUGAAAAUCUUGUUUUCCGCACCGUUGGGUAUUCUGGGGCAGAUAUGAGAAACCUUGUCAACGAAGCAGGGAUUAUGUCUGUUAGGAAAGGGCAUUCUAAGAUUUACCAGCAAGAUAUAGUUGACGUGUUAGAUAAACAAUUGCUUGAGGGAAUGGGUGUGCUUCUAACAGAGGAAGAACAACAGAAAUGCGAAGAAAGUGUGACAUUUGAGAAAAAGAGACUACUUGCAGUACAUGAAGCAGGCCAUAUACUGUUGGCUCAUUUGUUUCCUAAAUUUGACUGGCAUGCAUUUUCACAGCUUCUUCCUGGUGGCAAGGAAACUGCUAUUUCUGUUUUUUACCCUCGAGAAGAUACAGUAGACCAGGGGUAUACAACCUUUGGCUACAUGAAGAUGCAAAUGGUGGUUGCUCAUGGUGGGCGUUGUGCUGAACGAGUCGUUUUUGGUGAUGACUUGACUGAUGGAGGAACAGAUGAUUUGGAAAAGAUAACAAAGAUUGCUCGAGAAAUGGUAAUUAGCCCAAUGAAUGCAAGGCUGGGGCUUACUGCUUUGACCAGAAGGAUUGGACUAGUUGAUCGACCAGAUAAUCCGGAUGGAGAAUUGAUAAAAUACAAGUGGGACGACCCUCAUGUGAUUCCAGCGGAUAUGACACUCGAAGUUUCUGAACUAUUCACAAGAGAAUUGACCAGGUAUAUUGAAGAGACUGAAGAACUUGCAAUGAAUGGACUAUUGGCUAACAGACAUAUAUUGGAUCUAAUUGCGAAAGAACUACUGGAGAAGUCAAGAAUAACUGGACUGGAAAUUGGAGAGAGAAUCCAAGAAUUUUCUCCAGUUAUGUUUGAAGAUUUUGUGAAGCCUUUCCAGAUUGAUUUAGAAGAGGAUGGGCCAUUGCCUCACAGUAAUAAGUUGCGAUAUAAACCACUGGAUAUAUAUCCUGCUCCACUGCACAGAUGUUGAAGUAUAUUUUAUAAAUUCUCCCUGCAUCACUACAUGGUUCUUGCCGUUUCUUUGCUCCCGGUUUAUGCUAUAGUCUAUGGUCAUCAUGCUAUCUCGAGGAAUGCCUGCUUUCAGAAUAGGAUGAGAGCAUUUCAGCCACUGCAUUGUUUAUGCCAGAUGGAACUUACUAUACCUGUAUCAUUCUUUGUAUUAGGUGAAACUACCUUAAAUUUUUUUUACCGGAUGAAGAUGUACAUAUGAAUAACUGUUGUUCAUUGAAAAUCAAAAAUGUAUACAAGAGAUAUUACAGCCGAUGAGCUGCUGUUGUAGUUGCUUUAGUUAUGGCCGCCUAGUUAGCUGCUCUUAUAUCUUAAUGUAACUGUUUUUUUGAAAAGAAAAGGUGCUACUGAUUUUGAAUUUGAAAUGUACUUCACUCUGUUCGCAGCCCUAUUGUACAUCUGUUCUGUCUA